GGAUCUUUGUUCGUUAAACGUUUUUGAGCUCCCUCGUCGUUUCCUCUUCAACAUAACACGUCCCUAUAAAUCUGCUUCAUUUCUUGUUCGUUUUCUGAUCUCUUUUUCUCCGUUCAUGAUUGACGAACGUUGCUUCCAUUUCAAAAAAUAACCGUCGGCAACCGCCAAUCGGCGAAAGAGAGAAGAAAGAAAUUUAUUCACAUCUCGUGUUUUGCUUUCUGGUUUGUUCCGGUUUUAUAUCAAUACGAUCCCGUGUAUCAGUCGUAAAGGCGAAACACACAAACUGUACAGCGCACACUUCUCCUCUCGUUUCUUUUUCAACUGCAAACGUGAAAAAGGGGGAAAGAGACGUUGCUGCUGACUCGACGGUGCCCGCGGCGCUCUUUUCGUUGAACCUACCUCGGCCGUUGAUGCGUUCGUCGAUUGAUCGUCUAUAACAUUCUUUCAUUACUUCAUUAAAUUGAAGACAACCGGAAAAAAAAACCAUAUGUAUAAGAAUCGAAAAGAAGCGGAAGGAACUGUGUUAUAAAAGUAAGAAGAAUUCUUUGUGUUUGUUUUCCUCUUCCUGCAACUGACUGUAUUUUCGUUCUUCAUUUGAAUUCCAGAGCGUUGUAGGGGUUUAUCCAAAAACACAUCUUUUUCUCUUGCCUCUGUUGAGUAGACUUCGACACACGCUCUCUGCUUAUACGACACGUCUAACGUAAAAGUGACAGAGUUCCUUUUAAUUUUUUUUUAUUAACGUGAGAAUCCUCGCAAGUCGCCGCCGUAUACCGCACGAUCUGUUCUUUUUCCCCUGUCUGUCGAGAGAUUCACGACUCAGAAGAAAGUGACUUUCUUUGUGAUUGUUUUUUGUUGGUGUUGUCUAUCCUCCCCACAAUUUGUUUCGCCUCUUUUUUCUCCUUCGUUGUUGAUCCAGAUACUAUAGCGUGUGCGUUACAGUUAUUGCGCUCUCGGCUCACCAACGCGGUAGACCUUAUUUGACGUUAUCGCACACAUCACGGUACCCUUUCUAGGUUUGUCUGCUGCCCGCCUUCCUCGUCCGUACACACUGUUUUGAAACAACGAAGCUUUGCGACUUCACUCACCGAAGGGUAACAUAGCAAAAAGAAAAAAAAAACACAUAUUGCCUCGUGGUUCUUUUUUUCCGUUCGUAGUUUUCUACACGUAUCUGUACUAGUGAGUUUUUUUUUGGUGUCUGCGUACGUGCGUGUCUCUGUGUUUGCCCUGUGAAGCCCUAGUCACACCCUUUCAACCAUGAUGUCCACUCUUUCUCCCGUGCCGGCGAGCCUUCCGCAGGAGAGCCAGGUAAUUCACGGCAAGGCGUACCGCCACAAUCCUUAUGCCUUCAAGCUGUUGAACGAAAAAGACCGCAAUUCCGCGGUGAUGUCCUUCCUCGCGCUCUACAACAACCUCAACACUGAUGGGCAGCUGCAGAUGCUGAAGAAGGUGCAGGACACGAUGGAGCCUCGCAGCAGCAACUGCAGCACUUAUAGCUCCGCCUGCCCGUCCCCGGCACCGCAACUGCUGGACGCAGAGGACGUGGAGGCCGGCGCCAAGAGUGCCGCGGCAGACAGCGGCAACGACGACGGCGUGAGUGAGACGAGUAGCGACUACGGCAGCGGCGAUCACAGCAACGGUGUCGCCGUCGCCACUGCUGCCGCGGCGGCAAAGGAAGGCUUGGUCGACUUCGCCGUGACAGGCUCGCACCUUCUGCCCUUCGACGCUUUGCCCGGCUCAGCCGCCUCGGUGGUGGCGCCGACGGUGAUCCGCUACGCCUCCGUGAACUUCCGCUUUGGCUCUGCGUGGUUUGUCGCCCCCUUCCGCACCUUUGCGGGUGACAUGGUGGUCGUGCAGUACCCCGGCAAUAACAACAGCGUGCACAUGGGUCUCGUGAGCGGCAUCACCACCGCCAAGCCGAUCACCUUCUACACGGAGGACAACAUGGACUCGAACUACCUGUCCCCCGAGGAGCUGCAGACGGCGCCGCGGCUGCUGCGCCACGCACGCGACUUCGACAAGGAGGCGAAGCUAGACUUGCGUAACCACGACCUACGCUCCCUCGUGAACGCCCGCCGGCUGGCCGAGGAGAUGGGUGCGCCCAUCCAGUUCCUGGACGCGGAGUGGCUGCUCGACCUGAGUGCCGUGACCUUCCUCGUGAACGUAUUCGCCAAAGACGAGCUGGCUGAUCAGCUGGUUGACGAGCUUGCCUUUCAGGAAGGCGCCGAGGUCGUGUUUACGUACCCCGUCUCCGCUUCGAUGUAUUGA